UAUAAAUGCCGCCGACUCAGGAGGGGAUCGGUACCGGAGAAUGAGAGAGCCACUAGCGAACCAGCACAGAUCGAGACUCUGGACCCGCCAGUCCUUUAGUUUUUAUUUCGAUUAUCUUCUUUCGCCAGGUGUGUUAUAGUAUCCAGUAAGAUGGCCACCUCCGCCAGUGCCAGCUUGAGUAAAGCUGUGAAGCAGCAGUACAUGGAGCUCCCCCAGGGAGACAAAGUCCAGGCCAUGUACGUGUGGAUUGAUGGAACCGGAGAGGGGCUCCGCUGCAAAACCAGGACCCUCGACGCCGAGCCCAAAAGCAUCGAGGACCUCCCUGAGUGGAACUUCGAUGGCUCCAGCACCUAUCAGUCCGAGGGCUCCAACAGCGACAUGUAUCUGAUGCCCUCGGCCAUGUUCCGCGACCCAUUCCGUAAAGACCCCAACAAGUUGGUCCUGUGCGAAGUCAUGAAGUACAACCGCAAACCUGCUGAGACCAACCUUCGGGUCACGUGUAAGAAGGUGAUGGACAUGGUGACGGACCAGCAUCCCUGGUUCGGCAUGGAGCAGGAGUACACCAUCCUGGGAACGGACGGGCACCCGUUCGGCUGGCCAUCCAACGGCUUCCCUGGACCUCAAGGCCCGUACUACUGCGGGGUGGGAGCUGACAAAGCCUACGGCAGAGACAUCGUAGAGGCCCACUACAGAGCCUGCCUCUACGCCGGAGUCAACAUCUGUGGAACCAACGCAGAAGUGAUGCCCGCCCAGUGGGAGUUCCAGGUUGGGCCGUGCGAGGGGAUCGACAUGGGUGACCACCUGUGGGUGGCGCGCUUCAUCCUGCACCGAGUCUGCGAAGACUUCGGCGUGGUGGCCUCCUUCGAUCCCAAGCCCAUCCCAGGGAACUGGAACGGGGCCGGCUGCCACACCAACUUCAGCACUAAGGAAAUGAGGGAAGACGGCGGGCUGAAAGCCAUCGAGGACUCCAUCGAGAAGCUGGGGAAGAGGCACCGCUAUCAUAUCCGUGCCUACGACCCCAAAGGGGGGCUGGACAACGCCCGGCGCCUCACCGGCCACCACGAGACCUCCAGCAUCCACGAGUUCUCCGCCGGCGUGGCCAACCGCGGCGCCAGCAUCCGGAUCCCCCGCAGCGUGGGCCAGGAGAAGAAGGGCUACUUCGAAGACCGCCGCCCGUCCGCCAACUGCGACCCGUACGGCGUGACCCAGGCCCUGAUCCGCACCUGCUUGCUGAACGAGGAGGGGGACGAACCGACGGAUUACUGAAGCGCACGGACUGACUCCCACUGCCGUCCCAAACCUUCUGUUUUGUUUUUUUUCUUUAAAAUAGUACUGUAUUUUUCUCCUUUCUCCCACUGAGAUGAUUUAACUCAUAUUUUUAAUGGCUUAAAGUUGGCUGGUCAACUUAAAAUAUGACAAAGCGAGAUUCAUGGUAGUUCUGAGCUGGUAAUGUCAGGGUAUGUCUCUCCUGGUGUAUUUAGCAGGGAUUGACUUUUGUAACAUUGUUUUAUAGCCCAUGUCAUAUCAUUCAUACCUUUUCUGUCUAUCGGAGACUAAAAUGAACUCGAGCACAAGGGCACUGCAGAGUAGGGCUGCUAAGGCUGGAAGACAUGUGUAACUUAAUAAAUCCGACUAGUUCAUGUACUGUUAAUGUGUUGAACUGACUUUUCAGCUAUCCAGUCUUCAGUGUUACUAAUGCUCUCAUUUAUCAAGUGUCUAUUUUUAAAUGGCAAUGUCGUUUUCAGAUUCUGACACACUGGGUCAAUGUGUAUGGUACAUUUUGUAGUUGUCUGUACCCAGAUGUGAGUUGUUAAUGUGAUGGAUCUGUCCAUAAUGCCAUUUGUAGAUUUCCUCAAGGAGUUUUAUCCUUUUGUUAACUGCAACAUUGUAAUGCACCUGAUUUGGUAAAAGAUUACGUUUACUGAACCUGGUGUUUUUUAUUGAUACAUUUAAAACUUUUAUUUUUAUCACAACA